UCUACUGUAUCUCAUCUUUCUUUCUUUCUUUAUUUCUUUCUUUCUCUUUCUUUCUUUCUAUGGGAUUAUUCGCACAUUCUGUGGCAUUACAUGGUCUCAAAGUGACAAUACGUGUAAACAUAGGCUGCCAUAGCAGAUACAUCACAAAUAGCAGCAAGCUUGUUCUAUGGAUUCAUGUUCUGUUGUUCUAGGUAUGAGGAUGCAGCGCCCACGUUUUAUUGCUGUGAAAAGAGGUCGGACUAUCACAAUAGAAUGUGGAUGUAGGUGUGAACCCCUUGAAAACUCUAUGGUCUCCUGGUAUCGUGGACAUCAAAAUGGCUCCCUGAUCAGUUAUAUAGAACCAGACCCUCACAUCAAAUUAUUCAACAACAGCCUGACCGUUCAGAAUGUGCAAAGAAAAGACAACGGCAUCUACUUCUGCAGAUAUAAUACAAGUCGAGAGAUAAAGCGGUCACUUUGUGGAACAGAGCUGAUGAUAGUGGGUUGUGGAAAUAUAGAUACUGCAAGGGGAAGAAAUUCAAUGAAAGAUGCAAUCAUAGUGAUUCAGACAAUCCUUAUAGUCCUCUUUGUAGUGGUGCCGAUAACACUUCUAAAAGAGAUGAAUAAAAAACGCAGCUUGAAGAUCGAGGACCAUUUAUAUGAGGGGCUGGAAGCAUAUCAGACUGCGACCUAUGAGGACAUACAAAAUGUACGAGUCCUUGCAGCCAAGACCAUGGAAGGAGAGCACCCAUGCCUUGAGUAGAAGAGACAUGAUGGAUAUUAUCACCCUUCAUUGCUAAAUGUCGGGUUGAAAGUCAGCAAGAAAAAAACACAAUGCAUUGGUUGGAACCCAAAUCCUGACUGAACAGUGACACAAACUGACAGUAGGGACAGACUACUAUGUUAGUGAUCCAUCUGAAUGUUCCAAGAGAAGACCAGUGAGAUGUUGUCCUCUUCUACCCCUCACCCAUUGGACUAGGCGUAUAUCAAGCUUCAGCACUGUAUAAUCUGCUAUACUUAACACCUUUGAAACUCUUGUAUGUAUUAUAGAUACUGUAGCUAAUCAUUAUGCAUCUUUCAGACGUUGCUUGUAUUAAGAUUAAAACCGCCUAAAGGGGAAAUCCAUCUUAAAGGGGUUGUCCACUUUGAAAACCUCUUACUGUUAAAAGGUUCUGUUGAAAACAGGUUGAUCAAAGUUGUUC